GUAAGCGCGAGCGAGAAGCGACACCAUCGUUACUAUCACUCCGGAGAGCGGAAGAGCUUCAGACCCUUUGAUCUCGGAGAGCAUGAGGGGGUGAAGAGUUUAACCGGAAGGAAAAAACUCACUGAAGUUAGUUAUAUUAGUAAUAAAGAGAUACAAGAACAAGAAGAGCAACAGAAGGAAGAAGAAAAAGAGGAGGAAGAAGAAGAAACCAGCACAAUGAUAGCUUCUCAUCUCCUGGCGUACUACGUGACUGAGCUCCAUCAUGACCAGGCGCAGAAAGUGGAUAAGUUCCUGUACCAUCUCCGUCUGUCCAACGAGAACCUGAUGGACGUGUCGCUGCGCUUCCGGAGGGAAAUGGACAAAGGCCUGGGCAGAGACACCAACCUCACCGCCUCGGUCAAAAUGCUGCCCACGUUUGUGCGCUCCACACCUGACGGCACAGAAAAAGGCGAGUUCCUUGCUCUGGACCUCGGAGGGACAAAUUUCCGAGUCCUGCGUGUGAAAGUGUCGUCUAACGGCAAACAGACAGUGGAGAUGGAGAAUCAGAUUUACGCCAUUCCAGAGACCCUGAUGAGGGGCAGCGGGACAGAGCUCUUUGACCACAUCGCUGAAUGUCUGGCGAACUUCCUGGAGAAACUGGGCAUUAAGCAGAAGAAAUUGCCGCUGGGCUUCACCUUCUCCUUCCCCUGCCAGCAGACCAAACUGGACGAGAGCAUCCUGUUGUCCUGGACCAAGGGCUUCAAGGCGAGCGGGGUGGAGGGGAAAGACGUGGUGAGCCUGCUGAGGAACGCCAUCAAGAAGAGAGGGGACUUUGACAUCGACAUUGUUGCUGUGAUCAAUGACACCGUGGGAACCAUGAUGACCUGCGGCUUCGACGAUCAUCACUGCGAGAUCGGCCUCAUCGUAGGUACGGGUACGAACGCGUGCUACAUGGAGGAGAUGAGGAACCUGGAGCUGGUGGAAGGAGACGAGGGCCGCAUGUGUGUGAACAUGGAGUGGGGAGCGUUUGGAGACGACGGCUCUCUCGAAGACAUUCGUACCGACUUCGACCGUGAGAUCGACGCUGGAUCACUGAACCCUGGCAAACAGCUAUUUGAGAAGAUGAUCAGUGGGAUGUACAUGGGCGAGCUGGUGCGUCUCAUCCUGGUGAAGAUGGCUAAAGAGGGCCUGCUGUUCCAGGGCCGGACCACGCCCGAGCUGCUUAUUACCGGUCACUUCAAAACCAGCUACGUUUCAGCCAUCGAGAACGACAAGAGUAAGGAAAGCCUGGUGUGUGUGGAGCAGGUUCUGCGUGAUCUGGGGUUGGAUCCGUCUCCUGAGGACUGCGUGGCUGUGCAGCGUGUGUGUCAGAUCGUGUCAAUGCGAGCAGCUCAUCUGUGCGCCGCGACGCUCGCCGCCGUGCUGCGCCAAAUCCGUGACAACAAGGCCAUGGAUCGACUGCGCACGACGAUCGGAGUGGACGGAUCCGUGUACAAGAACCACCCACAUUUUGCACGACGGCUACAUAAGAUGGUGCGCUGUCUGGUUCCUGAUUGUGACGUGCGUUUCCUGCGCUCGGAGGACGGCAGCGGGAAGGGCGCUGCCAUGGUAACGGCGGUGGCCUACAGGUUGGCGAAGCAGCACGCCGAGCGCCAGCAGGUCCUGGACACGCUGCGGCUCAGCCGGGAACAGCUGAUGGAGGUGAAGAGGAGGAUGGAGGUGCAGAUGAACAGGGGACUCGCUCGAGACACCCACGACUCAGCCACCGUCAAAAUGCUGCCCACCUACGUCAGAGCCACGCCCGAUGGCACAGAGCACGGAGACUUCCUGGCGCUGGAUCUGGGCGGGACUAACUUCCGAGUGCUGCUGGUUCGGGUGCGCGGCGGGAAACGGCACAGCGUCGAGAUGCACCACAAAAUUUACACCAUUUCGCAGGACAUCAUGCAGGGCACGGGCGAAGAGCUGUUCGAUCACAUCGUCCACUGCAUCGCAGACUUCCUGGAGUACAUGGGCAUGAAGGGAGCGUCAUUACCUCUGGGAUUCACCUUCUCUUUUCCCUGCCAUCAAGCUGGAUUGAACAAGGGCAUUCUGUUGAAGUGGACAAAGGGCUUCACGGCGAGUGGCUGUGAAGGUGAAGACGUUGCGGUGCUGCUCAAAGACGCCAUUCAUCGCAUGGAGGAGUUUGAUCUGGACGUGGUUGCCGUGGUGAAUGACACGGUGGGGACAAUGAUGUCGUGCGGAUAUGACGACCCUCAGUGUGAAGUGGGGCUCAUUGUAGGUACGGGUACAAACGCGUGCUACAUGGAGGAGAUGAGGAACGUGGAGCUGGUGGAGGGAAACGAGGGCCGCAUGUGUGUGAACAUGGAGUGGGGAGCGUUCGGAGACGACGGUGAACUCGAUGACUUCUGCACAGUGUUCGACAAUGCUGUGGACGAAAACUCAACCCAUCCCGGCAAACAGAGGUUUGAGAAGAUGAUCAGCGGGAUGUACCUUGGGGAGAUCGUCAGGAACGUCCUGCUGGAUUUCACCGCCAAAGGGCUGCUGUUCCGCGGAAAACUCUCUGAGAGACUGAAGACCCGCGGCAUCUUUGAGACCAAGUUCCUUUCCCAGAUCGAAAGUGACCGUCUGGCUCUGCGGCAGGUCCGCUCCAUCCUGCAGCACCUGGGUCUCACCAGCAGCACGUGUGACGACAGCAUCUUGGUGAAGGAGGUGUGCAGCGUGGUGUCUCGGAGAGCGGCCCAGCUGUGUGGCGCCACGCUCGCCGCUGUGGUUGACAAAAUCCGUCAGAACCGCAACCUCAACUCACUCAGCAUCACCGUUGGAGUGGACGGAACCCUGUACAAGCUCCACCCACACUUCUCCGGAAUCCUGAAGGAAACUCUGCGAGACCUGGCGCCGCAGUGCGACGUCACGCUCCUCCAAUCAGAGGACGGCAGCGGGAAAGGCGCCGCCCUGAUUACAGCCGUGUCCUGCCGCAUGAGAGACGCAUAACGGCGGUCAAGAGGACAAGCAAACGGGACGCACAGAAACAGGGAAAAGAGUUAACUUGGACUUGAAACUGUGUUCUUCCAGAAGCAAUCAGCAUUGUACCGCAGUGUGACUGUUUUCAUCGUGUGUGUGUGUGUGUGUGUGUGUGUGUGUGUGUGUGUGUGUGUGUGUGAGGGGCGGAGGGGGUCAUGGUCUGUUCUUCAUGCUUUGCUGUUUAUGUAUAAUAAGUGUAGAGAGAAUAAGGGAAGGGGGGCUUUGGGGCGAUUGUGUGACUGAUGGUAAUUUAUUUAUAACAUUAUUGUACUGUGGUCUUUACUGGACACACGUUUAAGUAAUAAUAAUAAUAUUUUAUUAAUGGUGAAUAAACGGAGAGAUUUACAUUUUGUUCAUGAAGGACCAGGAGAAAGAGGCUGAUUAUCUCUCAGCAAUAUUCCUCACAUCUGCACUGCUUCUCGAGGUUCUCCACAGGAUCUUGGCUGGAUCAUGUGACCACCAGAAGCAGGAAGCUUCCUGAAAUUGUCUCACACACACAGCCAGAGUUAGCGUGAGAAACUCCAGCCUACUUCCUGUGACCUUUCACUUCGUAUCAGUCUUCACGCAGAAUAAACCCGGCAUGGAGCUCCGAGUGAGCCACGGUUCUUCUCAAACAGCUCCGACUGGAUUGGUGGAAGAGUGCUUAGAAAAAAAUAGACGAUGUACACAAAAUCAGUUUCAUUAUUCUAAAAAGUAUUCAAGGCUGCUUUCACACUCUGAUUGAGAGCACUUUUUGAUAUGGAAAAAAAAAACAUCUUCACAUGUAACCAUAACACUCCUAACGAGCUGGUCUUAAUUACUGUAGCAACCAGAUAACUUGAUAUGAUUAACGAGGACUCAGGUGAUGAGUAACACUUAGAAUAGCUUCAUGAUCCUGCUUUUUAUCCAUUAUGCAUUUAAAUAAACAAUUUCUGCAAGA